UCUGUAAAUAAUGCUCGCAGCGGUGCAUUGCUACAGGGCCCGCUUAUUAGAAGUGUAAUUAAUUUACUGUGUUCCCGUGCGCGAUCGUGUUGUGCUAGACUUCGGCCGGACAGCACCUCUAAUGCGGGACGCCAAAAAUUAUCGGAAGGCGUAGAUCAGCAGCGACGUGCUUCUGAAACAUGGCCUGGGAACGCCCAACGUAAGCGCCGGACAGUUUCAUCUCGAAGACGACAGGUCUCGGACACUGGCAGAGCCGUCCCCCGGCAAGGCGGGCCUCGGGAAGGCUGCAAUGGCGGCCGGCGAGCGCAGCCUGGCAGAGAAGCGUCUCCUGGAGAACCUCCAGAGCGACCUGCGCCAGCUCUCCAACGAGGCCAAGAAGAAGCACCCGCCGCUCAGGGAGGCAGCAGAGUCUGGCAUCAUCAAGGUCCGCAAUGCAGCCGGAAAGCAUCACGAUCUCAGGCUGGCGCUGCUGUCGGAAAGCCCCGAAAUCCUGGAGCCCUUCUUCCUGGGCUGCGACACGAGGAGCCCCAAGAUCGUCCAGAUCUGCCUCGCGGCUAUCCAGAGGCUGGUCACCUUCGAGGCCGUGUCGCUGACUGCGGCGGUGAACGUGAUCACCUGCCUGUGGAACCUGAUGGAGAGUGGCAUCGAGGAGUUGAAGCUGCUGCAGACGGUCACCCUCCUCCUCACCGCCAACUCCGUGGUGCAGGGUGACACGCUCGCCAAGGCGCUGGUGCUGUGCUUCCGGCUGCACUUCACCAAGAACAGCACGACCAACAACACGGCGUCUGCCACGGUGCGCCAGCUGGUGGCAGCCGUCUUCGAGCGGGUGCAGGCGGAGGACGCCGCCCUGGGCGACGUGAAGACGGACAACCUCAACCUGGAGGAACUUAAGGCUGGGAGCCGCCACCCGCCCAAGUCCUUGCAGCCCUGCGCCGCAGACGCUUUCCUCUUGUUCCAGGACCUGGUCCAGAUGGUGAACGCCGACCAGCCCCUGUGGCUGAUCGGCCUGACGGAGAUGACCCGCACUCUGGGGCUGGAGCUGCUCGAGUCGAUCCUGGCCUCGUUCCCGGAGGCCUUCCUGCGGCACCCGGAGUUCCGGUUCCUGCUCAAGGAGCGCGUCUGCCCUCUGGUCAUCAAACUGUUCUCGCCCAACGCCCGCCAGGCGCCCGACCGGCCCUUCUUCCCCAUCUCUAUGCGGCUGGUUCGCGUCGUGUCCGUGCUCAUACACCGCUUUUACGCCACCCUGGUGACUGAGUGCGAGAUCUUCCUCUCGCUGGUGGUGAAGUUCCUGGAUCACGAAAAGCCCAACUGGCAGCGCACCCUGGCCCUCGAGGUGCUGCACAGGAUGUGCACGCAGCCGGAGCUGCUCAGGAGCUUCUGCGAGAGCUACGACAUGAAGGACCACAGCACCAAGAUCUUCCAGGACAUGGUGAAUGCCCUGGGGGCGUACGUCCAGGCGCUGUUUGUGAAUGCACCCUGCCACCACCAUCACUACUACCACCCGGUCGGGGGUGGAGGUCCGGGGAUGGGGCCGGGGGCCGGGGCGGCGCCCGCAGUACCCACGGGUGGUGGCAGCGGCGGCGGAGCCACCGCGUCUCUGGCACAGCCGCCACAGGCUGCCUUCCUCUACAGGGGCGUCUGGAUGCCACUGCUUCCCCACGUGGCGUCGCCCGGGGUGCCCAAGGCCACGUACAUGGAGAUGCUCGACCGGGUGGAGCCGCCGACAAUUGCGGACGGCUACGGCGUGUCUUUGGGCUACCUCUGCCUGCUGGACAUCGUGGCCAGCAUCACGGCGGUGGUGGAGCAGGACGAGAAGGAGGCUGCGGCGCGGGGGGCGGAGGGGGCGGCAGACGCCCACAACGGUCGCCUCCACCGCCAGCUUGUGUCUUCCUCUUGGUGCGGAUUGCUGGCGGCUCUCUCCUUGCUCCUCGACGCCAGCACGGAAGAGGCGGCCACCGAGGAGAUCCUGAAGACGAUGCAGCGGUUUGCCAGCCUCUCCGGCCACCUGCAGCUGUCCACUCCGAGGGACGCCUUCAUCACGGCCAUGUGCAAGGGCUCCCUGCCGCCCCACUACACGCUCACGGUGCUGAGCGCGACGUUCCCCAAGUCCGCGUCCUCCCCACACCCCCGUGGGGACGGGGUUCCCGGAGGGGGCGGGGGCGGGGGGGGCGGCGUGGCCGGGGGCCCCCUGGUUCCCCUGCCUCCCCAGGGCCCCAACCUGGGGCCCUUCCUGGGGGGCCCUGGCUGCGACCCCCACGACGCCCCCCGGCAACAGGUGGUGGCCGUGGGAACGCCCCUGCUCACGCAGUCCCUCGGAGGGCACCAAGGCCCGGUCAUGCUGACGGCCAAGAACCUGCAGUGCAUGCGUGCCCUGCUGGGGCUGGCCCAGGCCCACGGGGCGGUGCUGGGCAGCGCCUGGCACCUGGUGCUCACCACACUCCAGCACCUGGUCUGGAUCUUGGGCCUGAAGCCCUCCACGGGGGGCUGCCUCAAGGCCGCACCCAAGAACGGCGCCGAGCCCAUGGGCGGGGGCGGACCCGCCAUGUCUUCCUCCUCGUCGGUCAUCACCACCGCCGUCAUGGCCGACCUGCCGGUCCUUUCCGCCAUGCUGUCCCGCCUAUUCGAGAGCUCCCAGUACUUGGAUGACGUAGCCCUGCACCAUCUCAUUGACGCCCUCUGCAAGCUGUCUACGGAGUCAAUGGAGCUGGCCUACAAUAACAGGGAGCCGUCCCUGUUUGCGGUGGCCAAGCUGCUGGAGACCGGCCUGGUAAACCUGGGCCGCGUGGAGGCCCUCUGGCGGCCAGUGACGCAGCACCUGCUGGAGGUGUGCGCCCACCCGCACACCCGCAUGCGUGAAUGGGGCGCAGAGGCCCUCACCUACUUGGUCAAGGCGGCCCUGAACCACCCGCCGCAGGACGCGACAAAGACGGCGGAUACGACGGCGCCGGCACCCCCGGGGAGGAGCCUGCAGGUACUGCUGCUGGCGCCCCUGGUGGAGAUGUCGUCGGCCCACCCGGACAUUCGGCAGAAGCAGCUAGACUGCACCCUCUCCCUCCUGCACAGCAACGGGGAGACCCUCACCCACGGAUGGCCGCAGGUGCUAACGAUUGUGGGCGGCAUCUCCGAGGGUCACGGGGAGGCCCUGAUCCGGUCGGCGUUCCAGUGCCUCCAGCUGGUGGUGGCGGACUUUCUGCCCAUCAUGCCCAGGGCUUGCCUGCAGCUGUGCACCGAGACGGCCGCCAAGUUCGGCUCCCAGAACCAGGAGCUCAACGUGUCUCUCACAGCCGUGGGGCUGCUCUGGCACAUGGCAGACUACCUGUACCAGAAUGCCGAGAAGCUGAAGGAGGAGCAGGGAGACUGGGACGCCCUGUGGAUGUGCCUGUUCCAGCGGCUGGGAGAGCUGUGCGUGGACCCCCGGUCGGCGGUCCGCAAGAGCGCCGGCCAGACUCUCUUCUCCACCAUCAACGCCCACGGGGGCGUGCUCAGGCAGGAGACCUGGCAGGCCGUCCUCUGGCAGGUCCUGUUCCCACUGCUGGACCGCGUCCGGACGCUGUCCGGCUCUGCGUCGACGGAGAAGGUGAACGACAUGGGUGGCAACAUUCUCAUCCACCACUCCCGCAACACCGCCCAGAAGCAGUGGGCCGAGACGCAGGUGCUGACGCUGUCCGGAGUGGCCCGGGUGUUCCAUGUCAAGCGGCAGGUGCUGCACACCCUGGGGGACUUCCCCCGGGCCUGGGCGCUUCUCCUCGAGUUCAUAGAGAACUCCGCGCUCAGCAAGAACAACGAGGUGUCCCUGUCGGCCCUGAAGAGCUUCCAGGAGAUCCUGCACCUGAGUAGGCCCAGCGAGGGGUCCGGCAACAACGGUGGGGCCCUGCUGGGGCGCUCGGCCGACCCCCUGGGAGAGGCGGCACUCUGGACCACGGCCUGGAAGGUGUGGUACAACAUCGGCAUAGAGAGCACGCGCCCUCCGCCGGACGUGGCAGUGGAAGACGCUCGGUCGUCCAACAGCCUGUCGCUGCUCUACAUCCCGUCCCAGGCGUUCCUCACGGCCCUCGUCCAGAUCUUCCCCCACCUGUUCCAGCACAUCAAAGCCAGGUUUGUGGUGUCGGACUUGCAGAAGUUCUCGACGGUGGUGCAGAACGCGGUGGCGGCUCCCGUGCACGGCGAGGUGUCGCCCUUCAUCCUGCCCACCUUGGCAGAGGUGGUGCUCACGGCCCUGCAAGAGUCCGUCCUCGCAGCCAUGGACACCCUGCACAGGGAGGCGUUGGCAGGCACGGAGAACCUCCAGGCGAUGGUGCCGGCCAUCUUCGGCCAGCUGCUGAGCUUCGCUUGCUACGCGUGCCAGGCGCCGGCGUACGGCAAGCUGCAGGCGCGCUCGGGCAGCGGUGGUCCCAAGCACCUGGACUGGGUGACGCUGAGCUUCGUGCCUUUCGGCGAGCGUGCUAUGGAGAUGGCCGUCUCCCUUUACGUCCAGACGGCGCAACGCCCCGUGGUGGUGCAAGCUGGAAUCCUCCACGCCCUCGUUAAGACGCUCCACGUCCCGCUGGGGAUGAAGUACAACUGCCCGAGCCAGUCGACCUGGAAGCUGGCCGUCACUUCGCUCCUAGCCGUUCUCCGGGUUGGCUUGCCCAUCGCCCACAACAAUGAGGUCCACUUCAAGGAUGUGUGGGCAGAACUUGCCACAACACUCGAGGAGUUCCUCUUUUCUUCGAGCAAUCCGCCCCCGACGCAGAGCCUGGAAGACCAGCAGUGCGACGAAAUGCUGGACUGCAAGGUGGUCCAGCUGAUUCGGGAGUGCAUCCUGCCGGAGUCCAGCCACGUGCCCAAGGACUUUGUGCUGAAGAUCGUGGCCCUGCUGAACAAGGGCUCCAUCCACUCAGCCACAAGCAGCACGCCCGUCGACACGGAGUCGACGCGCAAGUUGCGGGAGGAGUUUGCCAAGGCCUGCUUCGAGACCCUGCUCCAGUUCUCCUUUUUGGGGGGCAUCGUCCUGCCCGAAGGGGGCGUGGUCAACCGGCUGGCCGUCACCUCCCUCCUGCACCGCUUCCAGGAGGUGAUCUGCCACUAUGUGGAGGACGAGCAGCUGAGCGGCAAGUGUCCCCUGCCGCGGCAUCGCAUGGCGGAGAUCUCGUUCGUUCUCAAGGCCGUGGCCACCCUGACGGCGUCCCUCAAGAAGGCACCGCCCGACAACGUGGAGUGGAGUGUAUGGGAGCAGCUGAUCGCCCUGUACCCCCACCUGGUGAGCUGCAGCACGUCGACGUCCGCCCAAGUGUGCCGGUCGCUGCGGGAGGCCCUGCACGAGUAUGCGGACCUCCUGGCUCCUCCGAGGACGCCGCCCCGGCAGCGCAACGGCGGCCGACCGGCUGCCAACUGAGGGCAGACGCAAACCUCGCUCGUCGUCCGCCGGCGUAACUGGCGUGGACACUUUAGAAGAAAAGAAGGGCCGCCUCUCGAAAACCGUUGCCCGUCUGCAAGGGCGAGUCGUUUCAGCGGCUCACCGCAACAACGUCAAAGAAGAUGUCACUGAAAGACGGCUGCGGUGCCGGAGACAUGUCGUCGAGGUAGCAUAGUUAGUUAAUUGACGAGGUUAAAAUUUUGAAUGAAACGGAGCAACAGCUGGCGAACGGAAGACGGCGUCCGGUUUUCCUGCUGGCGCGUCGAUGCAACGGUGAUCUAAAUUUGCCGACGCAGUUUAGUCCACCAUGUUGUGUUUAUAUGCCGAUUAAUGGGGGCCGAGUGUAGCUUCGGCUGAUUUCUCCUUUGUAUUGUCGAAAUGGCCCUCGGAGCGUGUAGACUACGGCCUCUCGGGAUUGUUUUCAACGAGGCGGUGGAUUGACGUCGUGUAAAUACUACCUCCCCUAAGUUGGUCCGAGUGCUGUCUGCUUUUUCAUUUCCUAAAGCAGACGACGCGGCGCGGCUGCUUUCCUUAGCAGAGGACAAAUGAUGCCCGCUUUCCUUUGCGAAUUGGCCAACAUUGUCUUGUGCCUGGUUGAUGAAAGUAAAAGUGGAACAAAUUUUUGGCAUGUCUGACAUGUUUCCUCCAAGUUCUGUUCUUCUGUUACUUUCUGCCCCAAAUGUCUGCAGUGUUUUUUCUAAACCAGAUGACACGUUUUCUGCAAGAUGAAUGUUGUAAAACAUCUGCCUUUUUUUUUAAAAGCAGACAUGAACUUGUGGUUAGUUUGCUGAAAAAGCAGAAAACACGUUUUCUUCUAGCUUUUUCCUAACACUUACUUUCAGUCACAACGUUGGGUCGAAACCCCAAACCUUGCGACACAUGACAAAACACAAAUUAAGGUAAACAAUAAACAGCUACCGUGACAACGACGACAGUGACAUUGGGUACGGACUGUACUGGCUUUGCAAGCUAUGCUAGAGCCUUUCGUUUAAUUUCGUAUUUGUAUUUUCUUCUUGCUUCAAAUGUUCACGGAGAAAUGCGUAGCGUCUGAGAUACAAAGUCCACGGCUGGUGACUUUCGGUGAAUUAACCAGAGUUCAGCGCAGCGAUGUUUGCAACAGAGAAGUUGUUUUGAAACCACUCCAAUAACGGCACUUUUGUUUUUUUGUCACCUAAUAAUCAUGCCAGCAUUUUUUUUUUGUCUAAUUGUGCGCAGUAUCUUGUUAAUACUGUGUGCUGAAGGGCUUUCAUGCGCAGUUGGAGACGUGCCGCGGAAACCGAUGUAGUUCCUGCACGCUCCGCGUCUCAGUUUUAUCUCGUGGACAUCGGUUUUUCUUUCGCUUGAAGAAUCUCUUUGACGUCGACUUUCGCUUUGCGCCGAGAGAAGCGAAUGAACUGAUUUUUUGUACAACGGCGGUCUGGGAGGCCGAGCACCAACAUCCCGAAGAUUUCUCGACCCUGAUAUAAAUAUGUGCCGCUACUUCCUCUUGUGGUGGCAUUACCUAUUUACACAGGUUGUUUUUUGUUCUUUUUUUUCCCCCGUUGCCUUCUUGUUUUUACGUAGCAUUCCUUUUCACAAUUCCUGCCUUUGAUCCUUUUGACGGUGGUGGAAUGCACAGGUUAUCCAUCCAUUCUAGUGGCACUGCAUACUAGUACUGCAACCUCCUAAAGCCGAGAAGCAAAAAAAAAAGUUCCUGGCAAUUUUUUUGAAGACGCCGGUGCAACUUUUGUACAUAUAAGACUGGAUCGCUGAGGGUACCACAUGUUUCAAAAGUUUGUUUGGGGCAAGUUUGCAGAAGAGGUGUUUUACAAGACGGCAAAGUCGUCACGGCAAAAGGUUACGAUGUAGUAGAAUAUUUGCCUGUAGUUGUAUUUUUUGUUGUUUCUCGAUGCUUGCUGAUGUAGGCGGUGCAAUACUACAUUUCGGGCAGUUCCAUUACGAUCACUCGAUAGACCCUUUUCAAAAGUCCGUCGAACAACGUCUUUGGUCGCCAUUUCUCGGGCCCAAGGCGUGCGAUAGUUUCUGAAUCUUCCUCGCCAAACGCCGACGCAGCACUUGUUUUCGACACGAACCCAAGCCGGGUUCAUGCCGAAUGCCGACACAAUCCUCGGGUCCGGUAUAGGCGUCUGCAAGUACAACCUCUGGGCGCCGCCAUCUUGCUGCGGUUGUGAAUAGAUAGUCUGAUAGUCAAGCAUUGCUGAGGCUGAGGUACAUAUGUAAAUCUAUAUCUACCCACACCAGCAGCAAGAUGGCAGAGCCCAGAGGUUGUACUUGCAGACGCCUAUAUAUGACGAGAAUGUGUGCCCAAAUGAUGGCAGACACGAAUAACGGGCGCGGCAGCUAGUAGGUGGUGCUCACUUUUGGAAAGGGUCUACAAAGAAAGCAGCAUUAUGUUUCGGGAAAGAUGAACGAAAAAUAACUUUGUUUUUAUUUUCAACGUCUUGACCGUAUGAUUCUAGGAGAGACAUUGUGCCUAGGAACCAAUUUUAGGGGAAUUGAUGCAAGAAUUUAUGUUCAGUAGCGGGGGAUGUAAAUAUAUAUCAUUUUGGCGAUUACACACUGCUGCCCGUAAGAUUGGGCAAGUGUUUCGAUGGCGAAAAUAGUGGGUCUGUCUGCCACAAGAACAAACAGCAAAUCCGUUCCCACUUUAGCAGACGGCCAUAGGCGGUGACGAUCAGAGUUUCUUUGGAUGGGGGGGGAGUGGGAGGAUUUUUUGGGGUGUUUGUUUGCCCUGGAAUUCUUUGUUGGCUUACGAAGCCUGACGUUUUUGGUGCUUGAGCACUUGUCAAUAUCCCUUCCUUUUUUUUUUGCCAGAUUUUAGGGAAAUUUAGUUACGCUAAAAUUGCACCGGUUUGGGCGUCAUGUAAAUAAAUAGACAAAGCUGCGAGGGCGAGGUUGCAUUUCGCUGUGUUUGCAGCCCAAAUUAUGUACAAAGGGAAUAAACGCAUUUGAUUUUCGAAA